CAUUCUCAUCCGCGGAACUUGUCUAUCUCCUUACACAAAAAUCCUGCCAGUCUCGAUGCCCCGCGGAUUUCUACUCCAUAGAUUCUCUCUCUAGCCUUGUUUCUCGUUCCAUCUCUCUAUAUACUCAUAUAUUGUACUAAUAUUGCGGAGCAAUAUUUAUUUAUAAUUCUCAUCCUUUCUUCCUCCAUGAGCCCAACUCCCCUUCUCAUUUCCAGCCUGUAGACCCAGAUUUGUGCUAUCUAUCGGUGAUGGCAUAUUUCUGGGGCCUCUUUCAAUAAUUUUCUUGAUCUAUCUUUUCAUUUGCCGUAUUUUUUUUAUCGGAAAGAGAGAGGCUUUAGUAUUUUUAUCCGGGGUGGGAGUGUAGAUAGAUAUAUUUUACUUUUGCUUCAAGUAUCGAUAAUUGGUAUUUGAAUUAAGGUUGUUUUAUGCAAUAUCUGUUUUGUUUGAGGAAGAAAAGUAGGGGGGUUUGGGCAAUACCUGGCAUAAUUUAUUGAUAGUUGGACUUUUUUCUGGAUCUGGGGGUAGUUACAAGAUUUGUGCUUUUGAUGGUGUUCUUGAUGUAAUGUGAAAUUGGGUUGAGGGGAAAAUUUGAAAAGGUUGCAUCUUUGGUGGAUUUUAGAUUUUCUUUAUUGGAAAGUUUGAGUUUUUUGUGUUUGGGAAUUUGAGUAUGGAUCAUGUGAUCGGUGGAAAGUUCAAGCUGGGCCGGAAGAUUGGUGGUGGAUCUUUUGGGGAGCUUUACUUGGGAGUUAAUGUGCAGACUGGAGAGGAAGUUGCUGUGAAGCUGGAACCAGUUAAAACUAAGCACCCUCAGCUUCAUUAUGAAUCAAAGCUCUAUAUGCUUCUACAGGGUGGAACUGGAAUUCCCCAUCUCAAGUGGUUUGGAGUCGAAGGAGAAUACAAUGCCAUGGUUAUUGACCUGCUUGGGCCGAGCCUCGAAGACUUGUUUAACUACUGCAAUAGGAAGUUCACGUUGAAAACCGUUCUAAUGCUUGCAGAUCAAUUACUUAAUAGGGUCGAGUAUAUGCACUCAAGAGGAUUUCUUCACCGCGAUAUAAAGCCUGACAACUUCUUAAUGGGUUUAGGACGCAAGGCGAAUCAGGUAUAUAUUAUCGACUAUGGUCUUGCCAAAAAGUAUAGAGAUUUGCAAACGCAUAAGCAUAUACCGUAUAGGGAAAACAAGAACCUAACGGGCACGGCUCGUUAUGCUAGUGUUAACACCCAUCGUGGAAUCGAGCAAAGCAGAAGAGACGAUCUGGAGUCUCUUGGCUAUGUGCUAAUGUAUUUCUUGAGGGGAAGCCUUCCCUGGCAAGGGCUGAAAGCGGGCACUAAGAAGCAGAAAUACGACAAGAUUAGCGAGAAGAAAAUGCUUACCCCUAUUGAGGUGCUUUGCAAAUCUUAUCCAUCCGAAUUCAUCUCGUAUUUUCAUUAUUGCCGAUCAUUAAGGUUUGAUGACAAGCCAGACUACUCAUACUUGAAGAGACUCUUCCGCGACCUUUUCAUUAGAGAAGGCUAUCAGUUUGACUAUGUUUUCGAUUGGACUAUAUUGAAAUAUCCACAGAUCGGUGGUUCCAGUUCUAGAGCGCGACAACCUAUAGGGAGAUUAUCUUUGAACCCCGGACCAUCUGCUGAAAGAGCAGAAAAGACCCCGGUGAGGCAAGAAGUCCGGGGGGAUAGGUUUUCGGGUGGUGUGGAGGCGUUUGCUAGAAGGAAUAGCUCCGGUACUGGUUUACACGGUGAUCAUUCGAGGCACAGAACUUCGGAGGAUAUCCCGUCAUCCAAAGAUGCACAUGCUGAUUCUGAACGAGGACGCGUUUCUCGGACUGGUAGCGCCUCGAGGAGGGCGGUGAUGUCAAGCAGCAGGCCGAGCUCCUCGGGCGAGCCCACCGACAGUCGAACUGGACGCCUGGGCUCGAGCAGCGGGCGUCUAUCUUCGACUCAAAGAUUACAGCCCGGGGUUGAGUCCAAAUCGUCGUCUUUCGCCCGAACUUCUGCCACGAGAGGCGGUCGUGACGACACGCUCAGAAGUUUCGAGCUUCUGACCAUUGGCACUGGAAGAAGGAAAUAAUUAACCGUCAAAAACUCGAAAUGGUCACUCCACAUUUUAUGUUCACACCAUUGUUUAAACCGUAAACCACGACGAGCUGUUGCUGUCGCGUUUGCCAUUUACCUUCUCCCCCAUAAUUCUUCACUUUUAAGUUUUAACUGCCUUGUAAAAUCACCAGAAAAUGGCUAAAGAUCUCACUCCCCAGGGAAUUUAAUUUGUUUGUAUAUUUGAGACCUUAGCUCUCUUCAAUUCAAUGCUGCCCCCCCUGUAUAAGAGAGGAAUCUGUGUUGAAAAAGAGAAACAUUUUUUUUUACCAGUCUCAAUGUUUUGCUGUCAUUUGUCUUUGAACUAUUGUACUUGGCUGAUAGUGGAAAACUGGAAACUGCAUUUUAAACCUUUUACCUUUGAGAACACAA